AUGUCUGCAAACGUGACAGCAAUGGUGAAUGGAACACAGUCCAUGUCGAGCUGCUUCAACCCCACAGCGACAAGAAUUGGAGGAACCUUCGCCUACUGUCUGCUAUUUGUUGUGUCGCUGGCUGCGAAUACCUUCAUUGGAAUAAUUGUCUAUAGGACGAAAACUCUAAGAACACCAAUCAACAUUUUGAUAGUAAACAUGGCACUCUCCGAUCUGUUGUACCCGAUUUUCCUCUUUCCUAAAAUUUUUGUAGAGUUAAACACGGCCGGCCACUGGCUGGUUGGCGGUCCCCUUGGCCAUGCGGCGUGUAAACUGAGUUCCUUCGCUGCAGAUGUCUCAACUCUAGUGUCAAUUCAGAGCCUGUUGUUGAUCGCAGUGGAUCGAUUUGUAGCUGUAGUAUUUCCUCUCCGUUCCCCACUGAUCAGUUCAAAGCAGUGCCGGUACUUCAUUCUCGUCAUUUGGAUCGUCGCCAUGGCAGUCCAUUGCCCAUAUUUGAUCGCCUUUAAAGUUCUUGAGUAUUCAGAAGGGCUGUUUUGUCGGUGGCAGCGGAAUGACAUAUUUGGAGAGUUCCUAUCGCAGCAAACCUACAUACUGGGAUUGAUCGUUGUUACCAGCUAUGUCCCUUUGGUUUUGAUUUCCAUACUUUAUUUUGUCAUUUCCUUAAAAAUUAAAUCGCAGAAGAUGCCAGGGAAGCAAUCAGCUAACGCAAGAGAACGGCGUUUGAAGAAAGAAAGAAAUGUUCUUAAUAUGUCCGUUGCCAUUGUCCUGGUGUUCGCCGUAUGCUGGUUGCCACUCAGCAUCUACGCCUUGCUGUUCCAUUAUUCAUCAAACAUGGCUAUGAGGUCAUCUUGUGGCAUGGAAUACUUUAAAAUUAUUGCCUUUCUUAUGGCGCGCUCGUACUGUGCUGUAAAUCCUUGCAUCUGUUUUAUCUUCAGUGGUAAUUAUCGUCAAGGUCUCAAGAAUCUCUUCGGUUGUUUUCCUACAGGCGAAGCUGCUUAGUUAUCGUUUUCUCCCCAGCCUUCUGCAUGCUGUUUGGAUUUAUCCGCGCAUUGAUGUGGCUGAACAUGCCCGCCGUUUCUUUAUCCCUAUUUAUAGAGAAUUUGAGCAGAGAAAUUUUUGAGACGCGGGCAGCAACAGGAGAAAGAGUAAAACUAAAACCUGGCGCGAUUUGAUACUAAUUCAUCGACCGUAAGGAAUAAGAACUUUUAACUUGCGGCUGCCGUCCGCGUCUGCCGUCGAUGCUCAAGCUCUCUAAUAACUACACUUAUGAAGUAGUUGGUGCAGCGAAACCCAUCCAUCAACUGAUUUACUGUUUGGUGACAGCAAACUUUCCACAUUUUACAACUCUGGCCAUCUCUUUCUGACUUGUUGAAACUGUUCGUAAUCCCUUUUAGAAGAGCCUCGCUAUAUUGCUUCUGAAAUUUUUGACUUGGUACCCGAAAAAAGACAGCCCGUAUGUAUUUUCAACUGAAGAAGCUUUAGAGUUGGAGUUAAUCAGAAAGGGAAUACUGUAAACGUUGUAGCGGCGGCAACGUAAUUCAUUAAAGAAGAAGCUUCCGUGAGCACAAUUCUUGGUACCUUCCGUCCAGUUUGCUCAUGCAAGCUAGUUUCCUUCAAACGCCCCAAUAGUUGUUUGAACUGUGGUUUCAGGAUUUCCGACUUUAAUGUUUAUAUAACAAUCAUUUUAAAUAUUUCAGACUCAGCCUGUAAAAUGAAAGACUUUUUUCGAUCAAUAAGCUGCUAUAAUUAGAUGAGAAAAAUAAAGUCUGAUUUAAAUCCAAGAUGAAAUAAAUAACAUCAAAAAAAGCUAUGCGGACUGGUUUUUCUCUCAUAAGCUAAAUUGUUAUUACGGUUAUUCCUCACAAGUUCCGUAUUUAUUGGAUUGACGCCUCACCUCGAUUAUGGGCCCUCCCCUCUACUUCUGCUUCCCCUCCCCACCCCCCUGCUUGCAAAAAAAAAUCGUGGUGUAUAGGAGAAGGCUCUUCAGAAGGCGAUGGUUAACGGGUAAAAUGUCGGCCAUUUUACGGCUAGCGGUUAACUUCCUUUCUUUGUGAUUAUUAAGAAAAUUUUUACUGUUAAUUUUUUUUGCGACUAAAGGUUAAAAUUUGCCAAUUUUUCCGCCUAACGGCUAAACUUUUAGGCCGUUUUAUGCCUAACGGUUAACCCGAUUGAGAUCCUCUAAGAGGAGUAUAACUUAUUCAAUAUUUCCUUACAAUCUCGAAAUUCAUUGACUAUGGUACAUCUUCACGUAUUGUUAUUAUUUAUCAUUUUGUGACGAAAUAAACUAAAUACUUGCUGAAAAUGAAGUAAAUCACAAAAGCGCCCUCCUCGAAUACGCGGUUACUCUGAAAGUCUAAAAAUGUAUUAAGCACCAAGGCCGUUUACUCGAAAAAAAUACGGCGAUCCUUGUUUUACGCACAUGCACGACGUCGAUUUAACCACGAACUUAAAUGAGAAUUCAUUGUCGGCGGAAAACUGCAAUCCCUUCCUGAUAGAUUAUGCUGAUGUUUUGAAAUUGACUUUCAUUACUGAGAGUUUUGCUAGAACGCAGCUUUUGAAAGGCUAACCCCAAACACUUAAAGUAAAGAGUGCUUCAUCAUGCUUCAUGAGUGAUAAUCACUCAGUGGUUUUAUUUUGUCUUAAAAGUGUCCCGUGGACUGGUAACGAAUUAGCGGGUGAUAACGUAGAAAACUGUCAAACUUUCUUCUAGAUUUCUCCUACUUUCCGGCUCCACCAUAGUUGCCGACGUUUUCUACGUCACAGCUAUGUAAUAUGAUCGUUUUGGCCGCGCGCUUAAUGGCGAUACUUUUUGGCCGCCAAAUCGUACUUUGAAUGCACAAAAGAAUUGGUCAAGGAGAACUCUCUAGGCGCUAAGGUCGAUUAUUUCUAACUUUAAAAACAGCUAUUAACCGGAAAAUGCAAAAAAAAAAUUUCGCGUCACAGGCACUUUAAGACAUGAUCCAUGACAACAAACCCAAACAAUUUAAAAAUUCAAACAUCCCUUUUACAAUUUCUUUUUUCACCUGCCGAAAUGAGUUAAAGAAUUCUAAGUAAUUAGAGUUAAAGUGCCCAUGACACGAAAUUUUUUUGGCGUAAAUAUUUAGCUUAUUAUGUGUACAAACCAAUUCCCAUAAGAGAAAAAUUUCAAAAAACUUAGAACUCGGUUUUUUCAGGCCCUAAAGCGCUUUUAUUUUGUCUUAAAAGUGUCCCGUGGACUGGUAACGAAUUAGCGGGUGAUAACGUAGAAAACUGUGAAACUUUCUUCUAGAUUUCUCCUUCUUUCCGGCUCCACCAUAGUUGCCGACGGCAAUUUUAAAAACAGCUAUUAACUGGAAAAUACAAACAAAAUUUCGUGAUCUAUGACAACAAACCCAAAUAAAGACCUCAAAUAAUUGGUUUCAGUGUGCAUCAUCAAAAUAAAAUAUUCAAAUUUUCACAUCACUUCCACAGCAAGCGGUAAUACAAAUAGAGGUGUUUGUGACUUCCAUAAGAUAAUACUUGACUUUAACGGUGACUGAAGAACGCGUCUUCGAAAUGUCCACGAACUUGAGCGCAACAGUGAAUGCAACUCAGCCGUCGAACUGCUAUAAUCCCACAGCGUUGAGGAUUGGGCACACAAUUGCUUACUGCGUAAUAUUUAUUAUUUCUGUGGUUGGAAAUUCCUAA